AAAAUUAAGAGAGAAAUAUAAUAUAGAGAGUAAGGAGGGGAAAGAAAGACAAAUGAAGGGGAUGAUUCAAAGUGGAAAGCAAGUCCUGGUUGGGCUUCUGAAUCUCGGUAGAAACUAACAUCAAAUUGAAAACACAGAGACGAAAGAAAGAGGAGAGAGAGGCCGAAGGAAUCGAUGGCGACGAGUACCAAUAGCAGCAACAGCAGCCAGCCAUACAAACCAUACCGUCACCUCAAAACCCUAACGGCGCACAAUCUCGCAGUUUCCUGCGUCAAAUUCUCCAACGAUGGAACACUUCUCGCCUCCGGCUCCCUCGAUAAAACCCUAAUCAUUUGGUCCUCCGCCACACUCUCUCUCCUCCACCGCCUAACCGGCCACUCCGAAGGAAUCUCCGACGUCGCCUGGUCAUCCGAUUCCCACUACGUCUGCUCCGCUUCCGACGACCGUACCAUCCGCAUCUGGGACGCCAACGGAGGUGACUGUGUCAAAAUCCUCCGUGGCCACACACACAUCGUUUUCUGCGUCAAUUUCAAUCCUCAGUCCAAUUACAUCGUCUCUGGCUCCUUCGAUGAAACCGUUAGGGUUUGGGAAGUGAAGACCGGGAAGUGUAUCCAUGUUAUCAAAGCUCACGAUAUGCCUGUUACUUCCGUUCACUUCAAUCGCGAUGGUUCUCUUAUCGUUUCCGGUAGUCACGACGGGUCUUGUAAGAUUUGGGAUACAAACGCCGGUGCUCUCUUGAAGACUCUGAUCGAUGAUAAGCUUCCAGCUGUUUCGUUCGCCAGAUUCUCACCUAAUGGAAAAUUCAUACUCGUUGCCACUCUCAAUAAUACCCUUAAGCUAUGGAAUUAUGCUACUGGGAAGUUUUUGAAAAUAUAUUCUGGCCACGAGAAUAAAGUGUACUGCGUAACUUCCACAUUUUCUGUGACAAAUGGGAGAUACAUUGUCAGCGGUUCAGAAGAUCGAUGUGUUUAUCUCUGGGAUCUUCAGCUGAGAAACUUGAUUCAGAAACUCGAAGGCCAUACAGAUACUGUAAUAGCUGUUUCCUGCCACCCAAGAGAGAACAAAAUUGCUUCUGCUGGUCUUGAUGGUGAUAGAACUGUGAGGAUUUGGGUUCAGGAUUCUUGAAUAAUAAUAGCAAAUUUUAAGGGAAUAUAUAGCUCUUUUGUCAUACAAUUUGAGCUUUAUUUAACAUAUGCUUCUUUUUUGAGAAUUGAUGCAUUAACAUAAAUUGCUACCAUACGUAAAUAAUUAGAAGAACUUGCCAUAUUUGCAUA